CGUUCGAACUGUCAAAAACGUCAAGGCCGAAAAAACACAUAAAUACCACCUUCACCUUCACAAUUUGUGUUGUACUACGCCAACUACACUUGUGUAUUGUGUAUGUGGUUCGGUCCACAUGAUAGAAAAUCGAUUUAUUUGAACUCAGAAAUUUACGUUUACGCAACAGCCUAUCGCGAGUAAAAUAUAAAUUGCUGAUGAGCGCGUCAAAAUAAUUUAAACAAUCGUGAUGUCACUCUCGAUCCUCUCGAUUUGUUCAUUUCUUGAUAUUGUUAACUCCGUUUUGUACGAAAUUCUUCCAUAACCUCCAAAUUCCAAAGCUAUGCACUCGACAAUUGGGUAUAAUUAGAUCGCUGGUCGAUGACAGAAAAUCUGUUAUAUUUGUUUAAAGCAAUCGUGGAAUAAAUUGACGGAACAAUCAUGUUACGUGUACUUAGAGAAUCUCUAGGAAACAGAAAGAGAGUGCUGUGGAAAAGAGGUUUAAAUACGUGGUCCCCACUCGCGACUGCUUUCAACUCGAAAGCUUCGGUUGAUUGCGAAUUUAGUUUAUUUCGUAAAGAAAUUGGACUUUUUGGCAUCCCAGAGCUUAAAUCUGCUGAAGGCUUUAGAGAACUAGAAGAAAUGGCAAUAUCGGAGUCCAACAGACUGAUCGAGGAGACUACGGGUCCUACUAGGAGUCGUAAAAUGGUUCAAGUGUUCGACGAGCUGUCUGACACACUGUGCAAAGUUGCAGAUAUGGCAGAGUUUGUGCGGAUCGCUCACCCCGAAGAAAGUUUUUGUCGAGCUGCAGAAGACACUUGUCUCGCUGUUAGCGGGAUUGUUGAACAAUUGAACACACAUAGGGGAAUGUACAACGCACUGUCGAACGUUGUUAAAGAGGGGGACAUUGUUGAAACAACCGAUAUCGAUAAUCAUGUUUCUAAAUUAUUUCUAUUUGAUUUUGAACAAAGUGGUAUUCAUUUACCCGAAAAUCAGCGACAAAGAGUAGUGGAAUUGAACGAUUAUAUACUACAAAUAAGCCAAAAAUUUAUGGCAGGUGCAGCGACACCAAGAGCUGUCAAAACUGAAGCUUUACCAACAAAUAUAAGACAUUAUUUUGCAAAAGGGGAUGGACAAUCACUGAUCCACGGCCUCUAUCCAGAUUCCAACGAUGCUCUUGCCCGUGAAGCAGCUUACAAAAUUUUCCUUUACCCUGACGAGAAGCAGGAAUACUUGUUGAAAGAAUUAUUAAACUCGCGUCAUCAUCUCGCACAGAUUUGUGGUUUUCCUACGUAUGCUCAUCGUGCCAUAAAAGGAAGUACCGUCGAAAGUCCCGACGUUGUGUGUGAUUUUCUCAACAUUCUCAACGAUGAUCUCCGUGAAAGGGCCCGGAACGAUUUUAAUGUCAUGAGAAACAUGAAGAAAGCCGAUUCGACGAUAGAACAGGAUUUAAUGGACUGGGACACGGCAUACUACACAACGAAAGCAAAAAAAUCAUGGCUCAACACGAGCAACACCGAGUUCACACCCUAUUUUUCUCUCGGAGCUUGUAUGGAUGGUUUGAAUAUUUUGACUCAGUCACUUUACGGUGUUACUUUGAAACCCGAAACAGUUGUGCCUGGUGAAGUUUGGUCAGAGGACAUAUACAAAUUGGCUGUUGUCGACGAGAACGAGACAAUAUUGGGACACAUUUAUUGCGACUUUUAUGAAAGAAAUAAUAAGCCUAAUCAAGAUUGUCAUUUCACUAUAAGAGGAGGAAGACAAUUGCCUGAUGGGAGUUACCAGAAUCCCAUCGUCGUCCUCAUGUUAUCCUUGGCUUCCCCAAAGUGGUCGAAUCCAUGUUUACUCAAUCCGUCAUCAGUGGAUAAUUUAUUCCACGAAAUGGGACACGCUCUUCAUUCGAUGCUGGGAAGAACGCAGUACCAGCACGUAUCAGGCACUCGUUGCAGUGCAGAUUUUGCUGAAGUUCCUAGUGUACUGAUGGAAUAUUUUGCUAGCGAUCCAAGAGUGGUUCGAUUGUUCGCCAAACAUUUCGAAACUGGCGAGCCUAUGCCCGAGAACAUGUUGCAGAAACUGUGCGCAUCGAAAAACAUGUUCCCAGCAUCGGAACUUCAGCUUCAAAUUUUUUAUAGUAUGCUCGAUCAAGUUUACCAUUCGAAAGAAUUGAAAGGCUCGAGCACAGAAAUUUAUAAGGACAUACGAUCGAAAUUUUAUGAACUUCCCUACGUUGAAAACACGGCAUGGCAGUUGAGAUUCACUCAUAUAGUUGGCUAUGGAGCAAAAUAUUAUGCUUAUUUGAUAUCACGCGCCGUAGCUUCGUGGAUUUGGCAAACAUAUUUCCAAGUAGAUCCACUGAGCCGGUGUUCCGGUGAACGUUACCGUCACGAGUGUCUUGCUCACGGUGGUGGAAAGCCGCCAUCGAAAUUGGUCUCCGAUUUUCUCAACAAAGAAGCGAGCUCAAUGAAUUUUGCAAAGUCUCUGAUAACUGAAAUCGACACGAAGAAUGAUCACAUACAGUCGAUCAAGAAAGAAGCAACUACGUAAUAAAAAUGAUAAUGUUCUUGCUGAUGUACAAAAACUGUAAAUGCAACCAGAACAUUUAUCUUUUUCUCAGUUUUUA